UGAUCAAUCUCGUAUCUGGACUUCUAAGUUGCAUCAAAGAAAAAUGUUUAAGACAAAUCCCGCAAAUUCAUGCUCAAAUCUUAAUCGCCUCUUUAUUUUCUCAUACCCAUCUUGCCAAUCUUACAGUUGCAGCUUAUUUUAAAUGUGGAGAACCCAAUAUUGCAUAUAGGGUGCUUGAUCGAAUUCCCGAAAAAGAUGCUUUCUCUUGGUCUUCAGCAAUUGCCUUUUGUUCGCAGAACAAUGAACCCGAAAAAGCUCUUCAUUUUUUUCGUUUGAUGAAUCAAGAAGGGUGUGAUCCCAAUCGGUCUUCUUUGAUUUCCUGUUUGAACUCGUGUGGCAAUUUGUCAAAAUGGAUUGAAGGUAAGCAAAUCCAUACUCAAGUACUGAAGAAGUUGCCACCAUCCGAUGUGAUUGUUGGAAAUGUUCUUAUUGAUUUUUAUUCAAAGUGUGGGAAGUUGAGUGAAGCAGCACAGGCGUUUGAUGAAAUUCCUAUUAGAGAUUCGGUGUCGUGGAAUUCAAUGCUUUCUGGUUAUUCACGAAAUGGUCGGAGUGGGGAAGCCUGGAAAUUAUUUUCAACUAUGAAAAUCCAAGGCAUGGAGUUCAGUCAUCAAACGUUUUCAAUUGCUGCAAAAGCUUGUGGAGAGCUCAAAGACAUAAAGGAAGGAGAGCAACUCCAUUGUCUGGUUUUAAAAACUGGAUUUGAAUCUCAUGUAGUUGUUUCCAGUGCACUAUUAGAUAUGUAUGUGAAGCUUGGAUAUAUCUCAUGGUCGCGUAAGGUAUUCAAUUCAAUGGCUGAAACUAAUGUUGUCUCAUGGACUUCAAUUAUCAGUGGAUAUGUCCAAAUUGAUGAAGGAGCAGAAGCACUUAAAUUAUUUAAGCAACAAAUCCUUGUUGGGGUCCUACCUGAUGCACAUUCUCUUUCGAGCAUUUUAGCUGCAUGUGCAAACAUUCCGGCGCUUGAAUUUGGGAAACUAAUUCAUGCUUGUAUCAUGAAGUUGGGAUAUGAAUUUCAGAUUUUUGCAGGAAAUUCUCUGGUGGCAAUGUAUUCAAGAUGUGGGUGUUUGUUUGAUGCUCAAAGAACACUUGAUUCGAUGAAUCUAAAAGAUGUCAUUACUUGGACAUCAAUUAUAUCUGGGUAUGCACAACAUGGGCAAGCGACUAAGGCAUUGGAAAUGUUUGAUCGAAUGAAGGAGGCAGGUGUGGAACCAAAUUCAAUCACCUUUGUUGCAGUCUUGUCAGCAUGUAGCCGAUCAGGCCUUAUUGAAGAUGGUAUACAGUAUUUCCAGUCAAUGAGAACAGAAUAUAGGCUUGAGGCAGGGGAAGAGCAUUAUACAUGCAUGGUUGAUCUUUUUGCGCGGGCUGGCCGUGUAAAUGAGGCUAAGGAAUUUAUGAGACAAAUGCCUUUUGAGCCUAGUGCUAGUGCACUGGGUGCACUACUGAACGGGUGCAGAGCUAGCAGAGAAUUAGAGUUAGGGCUGAAAUGUGCAGAGGAGCUCUUUAAAUUGGAGCCUAAAUCGGCUUCUAAUCAUGUUCUUUUGGCUAACAUGUAUGCUGAUAAUGGGAGAUGGGAGGAGAUGAGGAGAAUAAGAUGGCUCAUGAAGGAGAAGGGUUUGAAGAAAGAGAGUGGUUAUAGUUGGAUUGAGAUUGGAAAAGAUGUAAGUGUUUUUGGUGUGGGAGAUAACUUGCACCCGCAAAACCAUCUUAUUUAUUCUAUGCUUCAUCAUGUAUCAUUGGAAAUUCUCAAGGGGAACAGAUGUGAGUGCAGAGAACCUGCAUCAAGGAUUCACCCAUGUGUUUGAAUCCACUUUCGAGAGUGUGGAAGGAGUUGCAGAAUAUGUUGCUCACCCAGUCCAUGUUGAAUUCUCAAAUUUGCUCCUGCCUGCAUUGGACAAGGUCGUUGUUAUUGAUUACAAACCCACAUUUGUCAAAUCCUAAAUCAGAAGUGAUAUUUCUAUCUUUUUA